UGAUUGCGACACAGACGAGCUGCAGAAGCAGAAAUCUUCCUCAUUCCCAGAGCCAACGCAAAGCGGUGGUUACAACAGUGGAUGUGAACCGUCAGAGGUUAUAUAAGUUAUUUAACUACCUCACACGGUGCAUGGCUUCUGUCUGUCGCCGCUGGGGAACACACUAGGAGCGGCGGUACCUGUGCUGAGACCACUGGCCAACUCUCAUCUACAGUGACCCAUACAUCCAGAAACAGGUAACCAGACAGAAUGGCUGAGCCGGAGCUUCUGCUGGACUCCAAUAUUAGACUUUGGGUGGUGUUGCCCAUUGUCUUCAUCACUUUUCUGGUUGGGGUUAUUCGGCAUUAUGUAUCUAUUCUCCUUCAAAGUGACAAAAAGCUGACGUUAGAACAAGUUUCUGACAGCCAGGUUCUUAUUAGGAGCAGAAUUCUCAGAGAAAAUGGAAAAUACAUUCCCAAACAGUCCUUUUUGAUGAGGAAGUUCUACUUCAAUAACCAAGAAGAUGGAUUUUUCAAAAAGACCAAAAGAAAGGUUGUCCCACCCUCUCCAAUGACAGAUCCUAGCAUGCUGACAGAUAUGAUGAAGGGCAACGUAACCAACGUGCUUCCCAUGAUCCUCAUCGGUGGAUGGAUCAACUGGACAUUUUCAGGAUUUGUAACAACUAAGGUUCCCUUCCCUCUCACACUGCGCUUUAAGCCCAUGCUGCAACAAGGAAUAGAGUUGCUCUCAUUGGAUGCUUCUUGGGUGAGCUCCGCAUCCUGGUAUUUCCUGAACGUGUUUGGACUUCGAAGCAUGUACUCUUUAAUCCUAGGCCAAGAUAACGGCGCAGACCAGUCGAGGAUCAUGCAGGAGCAGAUGAGCGGUGCUGCCAUGGCCAUGCCUGCAGAUACAAAUAAAGCUUUCAAAGCUGAGUGGGAGGCACUGGAACUGACUGACCAUCAGUGGGCGCUUGAGAAUGUAGAGGAUGAUCUGAUGAGCCGGGAGUUGGACUUUGAUGGCAUGUUCAGCAAGGAGCUGCCAAGCGGUAUCUUCUGAUGGCCUAAUCACUUCCUUUUUGGAGACUCCAAUUUCAAAUUUGAUUAUUUCAGGGAUUUGUUUUGGGGGGGGGGUUGUUUUGUUUUUUUGUUGUUGUGUGUGUGUGUUUUUUGUUUGUUUGUUUUUUUUUUAAAAUCUGAAACCACACAACUGGGACAAAUCCCUUCAUAUGCAAAGUUUACAUCAUCUAAUUUGUUGUAGUGGUCUUUUCACAUGUAUCUACCUUCCAUUCCUGUCCAUAAAUGAACUGAAAUGAACACAAAUACACUGGUUCUACUGUUGCCUCAUGCAUAAUAGAGAGCUCUGCUUUGUUAUUUCAAAGGAAGAAGGGGCUGUUCUAGAGAAAUUAAGUGAUGUUUUUUUGAUUUUUGAAACAUGUUCUUGUUGGCUUGAAACUGAAUGCAGUCAUAAUGCCAUUAAGUAGUAGAAUCUGAACUGCCUAGUGCUUCUUCUUCCUAAUGUCAUGCACAGCUAGUUAGCUGUCUUCAUUUUGUAUGUGUCAUUUUUAAACAAAAUAGUACAUAAAACAGUUUUACAGGUCAGAAUGAUCUAUAUUUAAUAAUCCUUUAACCAUCCGUUAUUGCUCAUAUCUUAGAUUGUAGAUAGAAGCAGGUCCAGAACAGGUUAGGUUUGUUUGUUUUGUGGCAGGGGAAAUGUUGAGUUUUGUCAUCAAGAUAUUGUUUUUGAAGUAUGUAGACGGUUUAUUUUGUAAUUAACUCCCUUGUGUUUUGUACAGUAUAAAGUCUGUUUUGAUUCAAAA